AUGGAGGCCUGCGUCGCACAGCACGGGAAAAGUCGCAGAGAAGGGGGCACAGGGGCACAGGGGCUGAGGCAUUUAGAUAUAAAAUCUCCUACUGCGACUUGCGAGGAGCUGGAGAAGACAGGUUGGAGUUUGCGGGUCUUGGGGAGGUGGGGGAGGGAGGUGCAAACAGGGAGACAGAAUCGGUGGAUGGUCUGUUGGUUCAACAUCACCCUGGCCAACCCCUUAUGGUGUUCAAAAGCCGGGCUACAGGAUGUCGAUGGUGGGAGUGGUGCAAACUCGGAUUCGCAGAGAUGCAUGUGGGCGGGCGGAGUGGUAGACUGGGUGUCAAACGUCGUCAGCUUCCGCAAUAUGAAGGGUUCGACAGCCGAUGAGGAGCUUGCUGAUGGUGGGAGCGGUGCAAAAAAAGACAAGGAUGCCAGCGAUCGGUCGGGCUGGGUGGUUGGGAAGAGUGAAAGAGCGGAAGUUGAGGUGGCAUGGAGUUGGUGCACACCCAGCAGUCCACUACCUAAUGGUGGGAGUGGCAUCAAAACCAGUGCUCGCAGAUAACAUGGGCGGGCGGGUGUGAAAUACGGCAACGACGAG